GAGUCCACUCAGACCGCAGGAAGCAGCCGUUCAACCACAGGUCCUCAAGAGUCAAAGUCACCUGGGACACUAGAGUCAAGGAAGAGUCACCGAUGCUCAGCAAUAACACUGCUCUCAAAACACUUUAAAGUAUGCUCUAAAGUAAAGGACCACGAUGCUGCGGUCUGGUUCUAAUAGUGCACUAAAGUGAGUGGUAGUUGAGAAAGGCCAGGUGCGGGAAUCAUGGCUGCAUCACCUGAGCAAGGUGACCACCGGCAAUCUCCACAGCCGUCCUUGCCCGAGUCCUCUCUGACCUGGUGUUUGGCUCACGUCUGCAAACCCAGGUCAGGCUCCGAACACCAGGAACCUGGGAAGGACAAGCGCUCCCGGGUCUCUCAAUGGCGAGCGCUGGUUGCGAUCCGGACCCAGCACAUAAAGGGAGACAAAGCGGGCAUCAGCAGGUUCAGAGCUCGAGGCGGCCUUCGCCUCCUGCUGGACCUGCUCAGAGACCCCGAAUGUUCCCGAAAGACUCUGGACUUGGCUCUCAGCAUUCUGGCCAACUGCUGCACGGAGCCGGAGACGCGUGUGGAGGUGCGAAAGCUGGAUGGCAUCAAUGUUGUUGUGGAUAUUCUGAAGAGAAAUGUGGCCUUGGAGACGGUUCAGAACCGAGCUGCUCGGGCUUUGGGUAAUUUGGCCAUGGAUUCUGAGAACUCUGCCCUCAUCCACUCGGCCGGUGGUGUUCCUCUGCUGCUCCUCUGUGUGUCGCUGUCCUCUGCUCCAUCCUCGCCCACCACCGCUUCCCCCAAAGAGCCCUGUCCCAAAAUGGAGUGCGCUCAGUCGGCCGCCCGCACCCUGCUCUACCUCUCGGACACGCCCGCUCACCGCCUCUCGCUCCUCACUCAGGGGACCCUCUCGGCCGUGGCCCCGCUCAUCGCCCCAGAAUACCCACAGGCUUUGAGGCGCGCCGCGCUGCGCGCCCUCCACGAGCUGACCCGAGGGUGUGGGCCAGAGUGCGCUCGUGAAGUCUCCCGCUCGGGAGUCCUGGCCCAGCUGACGGUCAUGGCGCAGGGGGAGUCCGGUAAACCCUUUGAGGAGCUGGCGCUCAAGACGCUGGCCAACAUGUGCGCUCAAGCCGGCCUGCGGCCCCUCGUCGGGUCUCUCGGGGUCAUUCAGAAGUUCGUGGAGGAGGUGAAGAGAGACCUGCUGAAGUCAGGCGUGUUCCUCAAGGCACUGUGCUUGUGCUGCAAGGAAGCUGUCAACCGCGCCAAAGUGAAGGAGAGCGGAGGACUGGAGGUGCUGAUCAGGCUUCUGUCGGAGCAUCAGUCGCACCCACUGACUCGAUUGGCCGUCCUGGCCUUUGUGGAUUUUGUGUUCGAUGAGACGGCCAUGGAGCAGCUCCUGGACCUGGGUCUGGUCCCCCUCCUCGUAGCACGACUGGUUGACCUCACCCGAGAUGAGGAUGACGCAGCACAGAAGAUGGAUGUCAGCGUCGCCUCCGUGUCCUCCUCUGAACUUUCCUCCCCCUUCUAUGAAUCUUAUGACUUCCCGCCACCAGAGGGAUCCAAGAAGGAAGAUGUGGGACGAGAACCUGGUCUGUGCUCCUCCAGCUUUUCAAGUCUCAGGUCGUGGUUGGUGUCUGAGGGACUGAUCCCCUCGGAGGAUGACCUUCUGGAUGCAGACUGGCCGAGUCUCCACAUCCCAUCGACGUCCUCCUCUCCAAACCCCGACUCAAAUCUGUCCCCCAUGUACCUGUCGCCUUCCGUUAUCGUCACCUCCCCUUCGUCCUCAGAGGGUCCUCUUUCACCGUCGCUGAAAGCCCUUGAUCCCUCCCUGACCCUGGGGUGUCAGUCCGCCACCACCCCCUGCACAGCAGCACCGAGUCCGGUCUCUCCAUCCAAGUUCUCCUCCCCUCUCAGGAGACGGCAGCGGCAACCUUCAUCGGCUUUGCCUCUCAAGACCCUUGAAACGCCACCUCCGGUCCCUCGGAGCGUCGCCUACCAGCACCCGUAUCACCCUGAACCCUGGACUCCGGAGUCCCCCAUCCUGCUGCUGUUGUCCCGCUUCUCCCACGCCACCGACCCCAGCGCUGCGCUGGUCACCUCCAGCGUCAUGUCCAGCCUGAUCUGCUACCUCACCCAGCACCCGGACCCCAGCAGCCGCUGUGUGAGGAUGUUGUGCCGCCUCAGCGUGAACCCAAACUGCCUUCAGGCCAUGGUCCGCAGCGGUGCCGUCGCCCUGAUCCACCGCCACCUCUGCCUCGGUCAAGGAGAGACCCGGCAGCCGGAGCGGGUCCGAACCAAAGUCCAGCAGCUUGGCCUGACGCUGCUCAACAACCUGCAUGUGCAGUGCGAGUCCGGUUUUGGUGCUGGGGUUCUGGCUCAUGUGAUGCUGUCGGGAUCCGAGUCGGACAAGCUGAACUGCGCCCUGGCUCUGCCGCUGAUCAGCAGUAACAAGUCGCUGCUGAAGAAACUCCUCCUGGACUCCGGCGGUCUGAACUCUGCACUGCUGCCUCUCGGUUGCCGUGACGAUAACUCGGACGACUCCGCCCGUUUCUUCUCCAACUGGACCGACUCCCCCCUGGUCACCUCAGACCUCCAAUCUCUGUACUACUCUCAUCUGGCUGCAUCGCUGUGGGCACUAGUGGGUGGAGCCAAGCUGGAUAAAAAGCCGGCCGUCGGUGGAGUGCAGUCUUCCGACAGCACCGUGGCACCACCGCCACCAAAAAGGAAGCGUCUGGGCGACGACUGUCCGUAUCACAGCACGGUCUCAGACCUGCUGCUGCAGCUGGACGAUGACACGCGCUUCCCUGCUAACAGAGAGGCUGUCGCCGGUGCUGACGCUUCCCACCCGGUUGGGUCGGAGUAUUUCAGAGCUCUGCUGCGCGGCGGGUUCGGAGAAGCUCUGGACAAUGCCGACCAACCCAUCCGAAUCCAAGACGUGAGCACCGGAAUGCUUGAGCCGGUGCUGCACUUCCUGCACGGCUGUCGGCUGCAGAGCUGCGAUUCUGACACUGGGAGGCGCUGCCGUGUCCUGGACUCACUCAGGCUGGAGGGCCUUGGUCCAGCAGACUCAGUGGAGGGCUUCUGGAAGAGUCCAAUAGGGGAGGCCAUGGCUGGUGCCUGCAGGUUUCUGGUGUCUGAGCUGCAGGUGGCGCUGGAGGAACUGUGUGUGUCUCUGCUGCUAAACUCACAGCUGGAAAAAGAGUCUCCUGAGGAAAACCUGGCGAGUCAAACCUCUGAACUGGCGCUGGAGACUGAAGAUCCAGCUGAAUUAACACAGACAAGCAGGUCGGACCCAGUCGGAACCGAGCCAGCAGGUUCUCAGCUGUACUGGGAUCAGACUGAAAAACCAAAGAAGAGCCCAGGAGCCGAGAGGUCCGGACCCAGUCGGGCGCUGGUGGCCGCCCUUCCUCAGGUGUACCAGUUCUGCCAGCGGUACAGCUACCCAGAACUGGGCCGGGCCUGCUUGUUGCUGCUGCUGGGCCAUCAGAACUGUCCGCAGGCGCCGCUCUCCUCCGCCCUCGCCGCCACAGGCCUCCGCCAAGUCGUCCGGGAAUGUGACUCCAUGGACGGACUGAAGCGGGACCUGCUGGCGCUGGUCUCAGCUGCUCUCAGCUGAUGCUGAACGGUUGACGUUCAAGUGCAGGAAACUUGAUGAAUGAUGCUGAUGGAAGCAAUUCUUUUUUUUUUUGUUUUUUUUAAAUGGACCUAGAUGACUGGUCCUAUCAGGUCGGGUCGACCCUGUUUAUGUUGUAAAGAUAGAUGUUAUUGGACAGUAGAUCAUGCCAUCACAUGUGGACUGCACUUGUAUCUGAUCAUGUGACUGAAUACAUCAACAUGAAACCUGCCGCUGCCUUCUCUC